AGAUAUGAGCAGCCUUAUCUGCAGUGACUCGACUGAAUAACAUAGAGCAAGAGGAGGAGAGAGAGAGAGCAAAACCAAGGAACAGAGCUGUAGAAAACAUUGAGCUGAAGAGCUUGCGGGACCAGCUCGCCAUCAAUGCAUUGUUCCCCACCCUCCUUUACAGCCCAACCCUCGCUCCAUCAAACCAAAAGCUUUAAGUCAACUUGCUCCUACUCAGAACAAAGAAACUCUUUCUUUUCUGCAUCUCUGCACAUUGGAAAGUAGAAACCAGCACACUAAAAAGCAUAAACAACCCACCUCCCUCUCUGUUCUCUCUCUCUCUGACUCCAUUCCAGUUUUCGAAAAAAAGAAGAGGUGGAGAAUUUGAAAAAAGCUGGUUGGUUUUUCUGGAGUAAGGUUUCAUGGGGGUCUGCCUGAGCGCCCGAAUCAAAGCUGAGAGCUCUGUUAAUACAGGUUCAAAAUUUGUUAGCAAUGAUGAGAACCUCAGCAGCACAAGCAGUAAGGUCUCAUCAUUUUCGGCACCUCCAACUCCUCGGAGCGAGGGCGAGAUCUUGAAGUCUCCCAAUCUGAAGAGCUUUAGUUAUAAUGACCUCAAAUUGGCCACCAGGAAUUUCCGUCCUGAUAGUGUGUUGGGAGAAGGUGGAUUUGGUUCGGUUUUCAAGGGGUGGAUUGAUGAAAAUUCGUUCACUGCUGCAAAGCCCGGGAGUGGCAUAGUUUUGGCUGUGAAACGGCUUAACCAAGAAAGUUUUCAGGGUCACCGAGAGUGGUUGGCAGAAGUGAAUUAUCUAGGACAGCUCUAUCAUCCGAAUCUCGUGAAACUAAUCGGCUACUGCUUGGAGGAUGAACACCGACUUCUGGUGUACGAAUUCAUGCCUCGAGGCAGCUUGGAAAACCAUUUGUUCAGGAGAGGCUCUUAUUUCCAACCUCUUUCCUGGAACCUCCGGAUGAAGGUUGCCCUUGGUGCUGCAAAGGGGCUUGCUUUUCUUCACAGUGCUGAAACAAAAGUGAUAUACCGAGAUUUCAAGACGUCAAACAUCCUGAUUGAUUCGAACUACAAUGCAAAACUUUCCGACUUUGGUUUGGCCAAGGACGGGCCAACGGGUGAUAAAAGCCACGUCUCCACGAGGGUCAUGGGUACCUACGGAUACGCAGCUCCAGAAUAUCUAGCCACAGGUCAUCUGACUGCCAAGAGCGACAUAUAUAGCUUCGGAGUCGUUUUGUUGGAGAUGUUAUCUGGCCGGAGAGCAGUUGACAAGAAUCGGCCAUCCGGAGAACACAAUCUGGUGGAGUGGGCUAAACCCUUCUUGGCAAACAAGCGUAAGAUCUUUCGCAUCAUAGACAACCGUCUGGAAGGCCAGUAUUCAAUGGACGGAGCUCACAAGGCGGCUACCCUUGCAGCACGAUGCAUAUCCGCAGAAUCCAAGCUCAGGCCAAACAUGGACGAGGUCGUAACUACACUUGAACAACUGCAAGAUUCUAAUGCCACCGGAGGCACUCAGAGUAAUGGUCAAAGGAUGCGCAGACGAAGUGCAGACGAUGCUAACAAUGCCAAGCGCGCAGCAGAUGAUGCCUUAAGGGCAGCUAACAAGGCAACGAAUACCGUCGCCUAUCCUCGGCCAUCUGCUUCCCCACUUUACGCUUGAGAAUAGAGUCGAAGUAAAUGCAAAACGCUGCUGCAAUAUACGAAUGUUUGUCCGGUGAUCGUACAGUUUAUUCCGGCUAAAUGUUAUUCAAAAUUCAGCAUUUUAUUGACAAAUUAGGUGAGCUUGUGACGAUGUUGUACCUUCUUAAUCACCAAAUUGUAACUUUAGCUGUUCCAUUUCCUGCAUAGCUGCAUUUUUUUAACCUUUUCUUUAUUUAUACCUAAUACUUUUGGUCCUGGUAAA